GCACCUGGGGGACGACAUUUCGAAUUAACGAAAUAAGGAGAGCGAAAGAAAGAGAGGGAAGAGAGAGAGAAAGAGAGAUAGGGAGAGGACGAGAGAUAGUCCGUCAGACAUGAACGUUACUCCGAUGGUGGAGAUACCCGGCAAUGACAGUUUCAACAUCAGCAACGGUCUUGACUGCGGCGGUGAGCCCCAUCAAUACACGGUAUGGGAGCGUGUGAUGAUAGUGGUGGUCGCCGUCGUUCUCAGUCUCACCACGGUUGUCGGCAACAUGAUGGUCAUGAUAUCGUUCAGGAUUGACAAGCAGUUACAGACGAUCUCCAACUAUUUCCUCUUCAGCCUGGCGGUGGCCGACUUUGCGAUCGGCCUAAUCUCCAUGCCCCUCUUUACGCUGUACACGGUGCUCGGUUACUGGCCGCUCGGGCCCCACGUAUGCGACACGUGGCUCGCGCUCGACUAUCUCGCGAGUAACGCAUCGGUCCUCAAUCUGCUCAUCAUCAGCUUCGACAGAUAUUUCUCCGUCACGCGUCCACUCACCUAUCGGGCCAAGAGGACCACCAUCAAAGCCGCCGUUAUGAUCGGAUCCGCUUGGGGUAUAUCGCUGCUUCUUUGGCCGCCCUGGAUCUACGCGUGGCCAUACAUCGAGGGUCAAAGGACCGUGCCGAAGAGCGCGUGCUACAUCCAAUUCAUCGAGACGAACCACUACAUCACCUUCGGCACGGCCAUCGCCGCGUUUUAUGUUCCUGUCAUGAUAAUGAUAUUCCUUUACUGGCGGAUCUGGCUGGAGACGAAGAAACGUCAGAAGGAUCUGCCGAACUUGCAGGCCGGCAAGCAAGACACGAGCAAGCGCAGCAACUCGAGCGACGAGGCUUUAGAUAUGGAGGAUUGCAAAAGACAGCGAAGCGAGUCGAGCACCGCCGACGACGUCUCGCACGCCACGCACAUCGCCGUUUCCUACAUUGAUAAGCACUAUCCGCAAUACAAGAGCCACAGGCCGUUCUCCUGGACCUGGCUGAAGAUGUGGUGCAUCGCGUGGUGGCACAGCGGCCGGGACGACGAGGACGACGACGAGGAUAUCGCCGGGCCGGAGAGCAGCCGCACCGGGGCCGGCUACGAGGACACGCUCACGCCGCUGUCGGCCGAGACGCCGCUUCCCAGCACGGUCUCGCGGUGUCCCUCCCUCAGCGCGAUACAGGCCACGGGGAUCGCCCUGGACAAGACCGUGAUGCAGCACGAGUACAAAAGGCCGACGCGGCCGGUCGACCUCAAGACUAUCUCCAGCGAUACUAUUUAUACGAUUCUGAUCAAAUUGCCGAGUAACGGCGGGAAAUACAGCGAGGGGACGAGCAUAAAGAUGAUCCACGAUGAGUCCGUGUCGAUCCAGUUGCACAGCAUGAUGGAGGAUAGCGACGACGGCGGUGGUGGCGGCGUCGGCGGCGGUAGCCUCGGCGGCGGCAGCGGCAGCAGCGCCAGCAAGAUCUUCCGCCUCGGCGGCGGCUCCGUGUCGAGCCCGUCGACGGUGACGAGGCGGCCGUCGCAGAUGCCGGACAUCAGGAUACCGCUGAACGCGAAGAACAUACCGAAGGUCCUGACGACGGGCAAGGGCAUACUGAACAAGCAGCCGAACAAGAAGAAGAAGAAGCUGCAGGAGAAGAAGGCCGAUCGGAAGGCCGCGAAAACGCUGUCGGCUAUCCUGCUUGCGUUCAUCAUCACCUGGACCCCGUACAACAUCCUGGUGCUCCUCAAGUCCAUCACCGCCUGCUCGUGGUACAUACCCCAACACCUGUGGGACUUUUUUUAUUACCUUUGCUACAUCAACAGUACUGUGAACCCGAUGUGCUACGCGCUGUGCAACGCGGCCUUCCGCCGAACCUACGUGAGGAUUCUCAAGUGUAAGUGGCACAGCAGGAACCGCGGCACCGCGGUCGACCGGGGUGGAUAUCAGUAACCCGACGAUGCGCGCUUCGACCUUUUCGCAUCGGGGAGGGCGGGCAGCUCCCCUCCUCGCGCUUCCGAUAUCAGCACACUACAGAAUUGGGAGUCAACGACCACGCG